AACUACCAAACUGUAUAACAACAAAUACCAAAAGGUACAAAGAAAAAUACAUACUCUACGUUCUCCUUGUACACUUGCCACCGGGGAAUACCCUACCAUCAACACAAACAUCGUCGAGGAUCACUUACAAAGAAUUUCACUGAUCGCUGACUAUUCAUUUGGUACGCUCCAAUCAAACAUCGUCCCACACUCCGUACCCAAGAACGUCACCACAAUUUGCGCGUCCCGGUCAAUUAUCUCACCGUGCCAGCGUGUACGAAACUCUACAAAAUGCAAAUCGCACAACCACUUGAGGAUCACUAGCUGACCUCAUCGCACUUGACAGACUGAUAGCAAACAACUCGUACCCACGGCACGGCACGAGAUUCGUCAGCAAUCAGCACAAGUAAUAAUUCACCGAAAUCAACACAAAUGACAAAUGUUCCAUGCUCUCAGCUUCCCUGGGGGGACGGUUUAUCAAAGGCUUCCUGCUGCGCAAUCGGGACCAUCCACUAUCAGUUGCAAAGAUGGGUGUACCACGAUCAGUCGGUUCCCUGUCAAUUCUGUUGUUUCCAGUGGUUUUUGGUAAUUGUUUGGGAUCUGUGGUCGGUUCUUCCAACUGUAGCCGAGUGUACGACAGCAAUGUUCAGUGUGGUAUUCCAGUGUUACAUCCUUCCGGUCUACCGAAACAUUCUUCGGAAGCGAUACGUGGUGAAUUUCCCUGGCAUGUAGCUAUCUAUCAGAUUGAUUAUCGCAUCCCGGUCUAUAGCUGUGGAGGAUCGCUCAUCAGUAACCGGCAUGUGUUGACUGCGGCUCAUUGUGUGGUCAAUUCAAACAACGGUUACACACUGAGUCCAGAAAACUUCCUGCUACAGAUUGGUUACCAUGAAUUAGGUCUAGCAGUGCAAGGAUGUAGCCAGGAGUUGGGAGUGAAGCAAGUUUACGUGCAUCCGCAGUUCCGUACCGGUACCUAUCGUCAUGAUUUGGCCAUAAUCGAACUGGAAAGACCCGUACGUUUCAAUGAUCGCGUUCUACCGGUAUGUCUAGAUACGGAUGAAGAAGAUCCAUCGUCUUUUUACAGACAAAUCGGUAAAGUUCCCGGUUGGGGCUAUACUGAGUUUGAUGAAGUGUCCGCCAGUUUACGUAUGUCCGAGGUGCCGAUCGUUAACUACACGCGCUGUUUGGCAAGUAAUCCAGAGGUGUUUUCCAACACAAUCUACGACGGUAUGUUCUGUGCUGGGUACGCAAAUGGAACGAACGUGUGCAACGGUGAUUCUGGCGGUGGUUUCGUCACGUACCGCAACGCACGAUGGGAGCUGCAAGGAAUCGUAUCCUUUACCGCGCUGCGUGACACCGAAAUGGCCGUCUGCGAUACGAAGCAGUACGCGGCGUUUGUAAAGUUACGCUACUAUAGAGGCUGGAUAGGAAGUGUGCUUGACGGUACCUGGCAGUGGUCCAAAAGUGACAAGUUGGUACAAUUAGACGACACUACUACCACCACCGACGAGAAGCAAGCGGAGAUGCCUACCGAUUGUGGCAAGCGCAAGAUCAACAAGAUGCCGCUGAUCGUGAACGGGGUGCGUAGUGUGGCUGGUGAGUGGCCCUGGCAUGCAGCCAUCUUCGUAGUGUCGAAACGAUCGCGUGACUAUCUCUGCGGUGGAACGCUCAUCAGCCAGCGGUACAUCUUGACGGCGGCCAGCUGCGUUGCCGAUUGGCACCACCGGAAGCGACCGUACGUCGUGCAGCUGGGUCAGCAUCAACUGUGGGAAAGUUCACUGACGGGUCGGGAAGUGCGCGUACUGGACAUUGAAACCAGUGACGAUAGUACGAUGGCUCUGCUGAAGCUAGAGGUGGAUGUCCAGUACGAUGACUACAUACAGCCGAUAUGUUUACCGACUGGUCAGGCAACAGACAGUGAGCUGCGGAUCGGUAAGAUCGGACUUAUUGCCGGCUAUGGUCAAACGAAUCCCGACGGUUAUCCGUCCGAGUUCCUACAGGCCACCCUUAUGCCCAUCGUUGACAGUGGACUGUGUGCGAUCUAUCGCAUCUUUGACAAACACGAAGCUCACAAAAUGUUUUGUGCGGGACAUGGAAAUGGUACUAAUGCGUGUCGCGGUGACCAAGGAGGUGGAUUCUAUGAAGAAUCGGAACAGGGUUUCUGGACACUAACGGGUGUGAUCGGUAAGAUCAAUCUCUAUCGCAACCGGUGUGAUCCGUUCGGGUAUGUCGGAAUGUCCAACGUGAUGCACUAUCUCGAGUGGAUAUUGGAGCGACUAAGAAGUAUAUUGGCUGGACCGUCCGGCACUUUUGAUAUGGUGCCUCCGGCACCCAAGGGACACUCCAAGGGUUGUCGACGUAAGCAUCAUCAUCAUCAUCAUCAUCACCGUGGAUCACACGAGCGUGGCACCAUUACCAGUAGGCCGCACAAGCGAAAGGGUGGCGGCUCAGGGGAAAGUGGUUCCAGCGAGAACAGCAACGAAAGUCGCCAACCCUCCAUUACCUCGUCCGUCAAGAACGUGAUGCAGGCGAAGGUAGAUUUGGUGAAAGAUAUUCAUGGUGUGGCGACUUCUAAAAUUAAAAAGAUUUUUGGUUAAAUAAAUUCGAAUCAUGGAACA